UUUCAGAGACAGAAAAGUAUUAGUGAACUGAGCUCAGAAUGAGAGUUCCUGUAAAACUCCUCGGCUUCGGCUUUUUGUUGUUUUUCUUAAAUUGUACCCGAUGUCAAGAAUGUCUUCGAGAGAACAUUAUAUAUGAAAACACAGAACCAGCUGUGAAAGCUUCAUACGCUGAUGGUGAAAGAGUGAAAUUGAUCUGCAGGACAGGUUAUAUUGGCUUUUAUAGAUUAAAAUGUGAAAAGGGAGAAUGGAAAAAAACCAUUGAGCGACCAUGUGCAAAAAAACAAUGUAGUCAUCCAGGCGACACACCAAAUGGUAGUUUUGAACUUAAAGGGGGUACAGAGUUUGUUUUUGGAGUAACAGUGGUGUACAAGUGCAAUAAAGGGUAUGAAAUGACAAGCAGUUUCAAUCAUCGUAGCUGCAGAGCUCAAGGAUGGGACAACACUGUCCCUGUCUGUGAGGUGGUGAAAUGUCCAGCCAUCCGCACAGAUGAGGGGGUGACUGCGUCGGGUAACACAACGGAAGGAAGUUAUGGUGAUGUUAUUCGCUUCGAGUGUGUAUCUUCUGACAAAAUGAUAGACGGAAGUAGUGAAAUUCACUGCGAAGAGACGGGAAAAUGGAGUGACGUUGUUCCAAAGUGCAAAGACAUAACAUGUACAGCACCCCCCAUACCAAAUGGAUAUGUUCUUGAUUUACAGCGAAAAUACAAGAAAGAUGCCCCAUUAAAAUACAAAUGCGAUAAAACGUUCAAGCCCAGAGAGGGAAUCCCCAAAUGUGCUAAAUUUGGCUGGACUGUGAAACCAGAAUGUGAUGAAGUAAACUGUGUGCUGAAGUCAACAACAUAUGGAGUAAAAAUGAUCAUCCCACAUGGUAAAACUAUUUUCAGAGCUGGAGAAAGUGUGGAGAUCACCUGCUCUGAAAAAUACUGGUUCUUUGGUCCAAAAGAAACCAAAAGAACAUUUACAUGCAAAGCUGAUGGAAAGUGGGACAAUGAGCCUGUUUGUGCAGAGAUUACAUGUGAAACUCCAUAUGACCAGCAUGUGUAUAGUCCGUAUUAUUACUUCAGCGGAGAUAAGAAAUUAGGAGUAAAGAGAUCAUACCGUUGUGAGUCUGGAUAUCGUCCAACAGAGGCAGAGGCAGAGGCCACGUGUACACGAGACGGAUGGACACCAAAUCCACUCUGUGCUGAAAUAAUGUGUGCAGCGCCUAACAUUCCAAAUACAGAGACUGAUGGAGGUCAGAGGGAAAAGUACAAAAUCAAAUCCAGAAUAAAAUAUAAAUGUCAUCCUGGAUUUGAACCAGAGGAGCCUGUAGAAAUCACCUGUGAUCCCGAGGGCCAGUGGAGAGGCAUACAGCAAUGCACUGAAAUGUGUGCAACACCCACCAUCCCAAAUGCAGAGAUUGUGGGACGUCAGAGAUCAUACUAUGGAAUCUAUUCAAGUAUACGAUAUGAAUGUCGCUCUGGAUUUGAACCUGAGGAGUCUGUGCAAAUCACCUGUGAUCCCGAGGGCCAGUGGAGAGGCAUACAGCAAUGCGUUAAAAUUUCAAAACUGUGCCGUGAAUCGUUCUUGGAAAAUGGGUUCAUACACAUCGACCCCUCCAACAAGGAAGAAAUCUUUUACUCCUGCGACCCGGGUUAUAAACCAUUCUCUGGGAACUGGUGGGGUUCAGUUACAUGUAGAAAAGGAUCUCAGUUUGAAGAGCCUCGCUGCAUCCGGGAGGAAGAAUGUGGUGCUCUUCCCAGUGUCCACCAUGGAAAACUAACCCUUCGUGAUCCAGAAACUGCUGAUGUGGAAUGUGAUCCAGGGUUCAUGUCAACUAACCGCUCCAUAAAAUGCACCAAUGGUAGAUGGGAGAAACCAGUGUGUAAGGGCUAAAGACAAGAAGUAUGAAAGGAGUACAAGAAAGAAGCGCGCACCCAGCAGAAGACAUCUCCAGUAACGCCACACCAUCUCCAGUCUGCUCAGUUUAGUUCCUGAGGCACAUCAGAAUUAAACUAAUCGUGUUCCUGUAAAAUUAUGGAUUUCAG